AUGCCACCGGCACUGGAGACGGCAAUUGCAGGUCUAUUGGUCAUUCUAGGAUAUCGAAAGAGACGAUUUCGCGCUGCUCGAUGUGUCGUCACAAAAAGACUACAACAUAUCAGUGCCAAAUAUGCACUUAAUUACGAUGAAACUUCCUACAAACUGCUCGCCGAGCUUGAAGAGACAGUCAGUGAAGAUCCACUAGAACUCGGCCACUUUGGAGAUGAAACCCAUGAUGCUGCAGACCCUGAGGCAGCGCGAUUGUCUAUGGCAUGUACAAGGACGUUGAACUCGUCGCACAUUGGCCGUCUUAUAUGCAAAGGCACAGACCUCGCUGACAAGGAAACAUUCGCGCCAACAUUAAUUGUGGUACCGAGCAAAGCCAUAUAUCAACAUUUCCAUGAACUUCAGGAGGCGUUUCCCAUGCUGCGCCUCAAGGUCUUCUAUGGUGAUCCUGGAUCUAUGCCAACAAAGCGAAUUCCCAGGGGUGUAUACCUGAAAACGAAUCAGCUAAAGAGUUUAUUGAUUGAAUGCCAAGAGCAUUCAGACAAGCCAUGGGUCGACAGCGGGAACGACAACGUCAAGACUACUUUAAGUCUACCAACAGAAGUUCACCUGGAACUUCGCGAAUCAAUCAAAAUAUGCCUACUGCAAGGUGUAUCACAAGAAUGA